AUUUCAAACUAAUUAAUGAUGACAAAGAUGCUCAAUGUAAACUCUGUGGUACUACGUUUAAGUUCAGCAGCUCUACGAGUUCGCUAAGAUACCACCUUCAAAGCCUGCAUGCAGCUGUGUUGCAGGGAGGAAGUCCAUCGCCUUCACAACCGACUAUCGCCGCGGUGAUAGGAAGGCGAGUAUGCGACGACAGGAAAGCUGAGGGCAUUACUCAGAGGAUUUGCGGCAUGAUCAAAAAAGAUAUGAUGCCAAUUAGCACCACUGACGGCGAGGGAUUUUGGGAGUUAAUACACUUCAUGGAGCCAGGUUAUAAUAUCCCUUCUCGAGCGACCAUAACUACCCGCCUGGAAGCACACUACAAAAACAAGAAGGCAGAGCUAAAAACACAGCUAGCCCCGGCUAAUGUGGCUUUGACGACGGAUUGUUGGAUGGCACUGACUACAGAAAGCUACAUUACAGUGACUUGCCACUACAUUGAAAAUGACUGGCAGGUAAAGUCAGCAGUCCUUCUCACCGAGAACUUCUCCGAGAGACAUACAGCUGAUAAUUUAGCUGACAAACUGAACCAGGCUGUGGAGUCAUAGGGACUCACCGGGCGUGUAAUAGCCUGUGUUCACGACAAUGCUCGGAACAUUGUCUCAGCAAACAACCCCACACGUCAGUUGGAAAUCAGUUUCGUGCUUUGCACAUUCUUUAAAUUUGGCCGUCAGCGACGGAUUUGCUGCUGCUGGUGUCAACCGAGUAAUUGCAGCUGCUGGCAGGUUGGUGAAACACUUCCACCACAGCACUCCAGCAACGAAAGCGCUAGAAGCAAAACAAAAACAAAUGCAGCUACCAGCUCAUCGGCUCAUUCAGUCCUGCAAAACCAGGUGGAACUCUGUAUGUGAAAUGUUUGUCAGACUCGUAGAACAGCAAUGGGCUGUGUGUGCUGUACUAUCAGACCGCUUAGUGACCAAGCUUACAGAUGCGAGGACGCUGGAGUUGAGAGACAACUUCUGGCAGCUGAUGGAAGACAUGGCGCCGGCACUGGAGGCUCUCAAAUGUGCAACUACUGUAAUGUCUGCAGACACUGAGGUAUCCAUAUCCAACACGUACCCAAUCACAUUCAGUCUGAUCAACACGCACCUCAAGACGGCAGAUGGAGACGGCAGCAGAGUGGCGGAAUUCAAAUCUAAAGUGCGCACUUCGUUGGUUGAACGGAUGAAGUCUGAAGACCUCACAUCAACAAUGCCAAUGAUAGCAACGAUGCUGGACCCACGGCAUAAGCACCUGGGAUUUCUGGUGCCAGCAAGCAGGAUCUCAGCUCAUUCCAAGCUGCUUUAACUGGCUAUGGCAGAACAUGUGAGCUGCACAUCAAGAGAUGAUGAAGCCACCACUGGAGAUGACGUGCAAGUCCAGGGAGCUGCACUUCAGAGGCACAUUUCUGCUAUGACUCUUCUACUGGGUGAAAACUAUACCACCAGCUGCAACAAUGACAUAGAAAAAGAAGUGGACAUGUUUCUCAAGGAUUCCUCACCACUACUUGAUUCCAGUCCCACAGAAUGGUGGAAAGUCAAUGAAGGGCGAUUCCCGAGGCUGACAAAUGUGGCACGACGAUAUCUGUGCAUACCGGGCACGUCUGUCUCAUCUGAACGUGUAUUCUCAACAGCUGGCCUCACUGUAAACAGGCUGCGCACACGACUUACUCCAGACCAUGUUAAUAUGCUUAUUUUCCUGAACAAAAAUACAGGGGUCUAGGUCAGGAGUCUAUUGAAAACACAUUGAGACAGGAAUGUUUUUGUUUCAGGAGAGGUAGCCUAUAUCUUCAUUUAAUUGUUUAAUAGAGGCCCUCUAAUUUUACUGUCACCUUCCUCAGAGAUGAUUUAAGUUGUGUUCAGUACUACAUGUUACUGUAAGUUUCCAGGGCUAGUAAUCUUACUGUUACCUUUCUCAGAACAAGGGGGAUUAUAAGUGCUGCUGCUAAUGUUUCAAGUUUUUCAUAUAAGUACUUUACUCUGUGUGUGUGCGUGUGUAUGCAUGUAUGAGUGUUUAGUCUAGUUAAUAUCUAGAGUGUUUGUACUGUUUACAUUGUCUGAGUGUUUAGUCUGUCUUGUUAUCUGGUGUUUAUACUGUUUAUUUAUACUGUUUAUAUUGUCUGAGUGUUUAGUCUGUCUUGUUCUUAUCUCGUGUUUAUACUGUUUAUUUAUUCUGUUUAUAUUGUUUGAGUGUUUAGUCUGUCUAGUUCCUAUCUAGAGUGUUUAUACUGUUUAUAUUGUUUGUUUGUUUUCAAUUAUUCUAUUUUUAUUUAUUGCAUUGCCAGUUUGCACCGUGGGUCAGAGAGGACUGAUAUUUCAUCUGUGCUGUAUGUCGAGCAUGUAUAGCAUAUUUGACAAUAAAGUUGACUUGACUUUACCAGGUAAUUAUAUGUAGGCUUAAUAUUGUGUAGGCUAAGCCCAUAUUGUAUAGAUUUAAAAUUUAUUUUAUGUUGCUUAAUGUUUCACAUGCAACAG